GUUUUCCACUGACGAAAAAGGCUGCGCUUCUCGGCAGUCUGCUUCAGACAAGGGAAGCGCUUCGGCUGGUGCGGAGCCCAGGAGACAAUAGCAGCGAGAGCUGUCUAUACAUACACACAAUUCUAUAUAUGCGGGGAUUCGCGCACUGGUUUUUUGUUUUUUUUUUCCUCCUCCUCCUCCUCCUUUUUUUUUUUUUUUUUAAAUUCACAUAUUUUAUUUCUUGUGCUUAUUCGGAUUACUCUCCCAUCGAUUGAUUAUCCAGUCCUUCUUUUGAUUCCCAAUGGUGAUCGGAUACUUAAAUUGAUUCUUCACACUAAGACGCCAUGACUGGGCUUCUGAAGAGGAAGUUUGAGGAGGUGGACGAGGACCCAUGCUACUCGUCUCCCUCGCCCUCUUCCCUCUCCUCCGCCUGCUCGGGCUGGGACUCGGAGGGGGAGAGCUGUUACUCGGACACCCUGGAUUCCAAUCCCAGCAACCCGUGCUCCCCAGCAACAAAUUUCAACACAACAUCCAUUCUGAAGAAAUCCAAAAGGGCACGCCGGGGCAACGUCACAUUCGACCAGGUGACUGUGUUCUUCUUCCCACGGUGCCAGGGCUUCACCAGCGUUCCCAGUCGAGGAGGUUGCACCCUUGGCAUGAUGCAGCGCCACAGCGUGCGGCGUUCAUACACUCUUGCAGAAUUUGCCGCGGAACAACGGCUCCUGCGCAGGGAAAAGUUCCUCAAUAGGCUUAGGGAAGAGAAGCUGGAAGCUAUGAAAAUGAAGCUGACAAAAAACGGAACCCAAGAAAACGAGGAGGCAGAUCGGCUUACGGUAGACGACGUCCCAGAGCAAGACAUAGACAUCAGCAGUGCCAACCUGGACGAGGGCUCUUUCCUCCAGCCAUUCCCAUCUAAGAAGCGCUAUGCACUGCUCAAAGCAGCUGGUGUGAAGAAGAUCGACAAGGAAGAGAAGAGACAGCUGCACGAGCUGAGGCUCUCCAGGGAGAACUGCGGUUGCGAUUGCCAGGGCUUCUGCGAGCCUGAAACGUGCAGCUGCAGCCUGGCGGGCAUCAAGUGUCAGAUGGAUCACUCUUCUUUCCCAUGUGGCUGCACCAAAGACGGCUGCGGCAACACAGAGGGCCGAAUUGAGUUCAACUCUAACCGCGUACAGACGCAUUACAUCCACACUAUAAUGAAGCUGGAGCUGGAGAAGAGGCUGGAGGAGCAGUCCAGCGCAGAGGAGGAGGAGGAGGAAAACACUACAGACGCAAACACCCAGCUACCAGCGGUGCCCUCCUUCCCUUUCAGCUCAGAGCUGAUGGCAGGCGGAGAGAACAGCUGCAGCAGUGACAUGACGGACUCAUCGGACUCAUCUGGUCAGAGUGAGGACUCUGAGGCAGGCGAGAACCAGUGCAAGCAUCACAGCCAGCUGGAGGUGGACGAGAAAGGCCUGAGCCGGAUAUUGAGUUUCAAUGAUACGAAUAGCGAGGAUAAUGACAGUAAAAACACGUGUUGCCCAAAUCAGCAGAAGCAACAGCCAACAACAGAGGCGUUCAGCAGCUUUAGCAUUGUUGACUUUGCUGAUGAAAAUGACAACAUAGACGCUGCCCUGCUGGAAUCCACAGACAGUCACAUGGACAAUCGAGCGACGGCCUUUUCAGAACUCUUGGACGAAAACGCCAACCAGGGAAACGGCAUUUUCCAUAGCUGCAGCGUGCCGCACACGCCUUCUCCCAGCAUUGAUCGCUCGGCGAGCUACGACAUGGACCUGAGCCUCUCCUCGGAGUCAGACCUGGAGUUCUUCGACGGCUUCCCGUGCUUGGGGCCCAGCUCGCUUUACAAUUCCCUGAAGGAGUACGAGCACAUGGACAACUAUUUCCAGUUUCAGCUGCCUAGCUACCCCGGUUUUCCUGCAGCGAGCGACACGGGGACCUGCCUGCUGGAAUCUCUGAUCGGCCUCUCAGAAUCCGUCCCGGAGCCCCCUGCUACGUUUACGGACAAUCAGCUGAUGGAGGAAGCCAUGAAACUGUCUGUGAUGGAGUCUGUGAAAGUUUGACAAAAUAUGUGAACUAUGUAAGAAAGGAAAAACCCACAAGAGAGAGGGGUCGGGGGUGAGGGGUGGGAGUUAAGAAGAGGACUGAAAAAUGCACAUACGAUGUCAAUGUGUUAUGAGGAAGCUGUGAUUUCCCUCUUCUUUUUUUUUUGCCUAUUAAAUAUUCAGAUUCCAGACUUGCCUUCAAAAUGUUAGCAAAGCAGUUUGGGAUGAUUGCUGUGUGAGAUGGCAGCUAGGGGUUAAAAGUGGACAGAGAUCAAUUUGACCAGGCCAAUAGAAACCAGAGAAUCCUAAGAAAGCUCUUUUAACCAAACCAAGACCACCAACCGCUCUCGCUGAGCAGGAAUCACCCUUAAAACUGUUUCCAGGUUGGGCGUUAAUCUCAACACAGCUGAAUGUUCACCUCAGGGAAUUCAAAUUUUUUUCUAGCUUUCUAGCUUUUGGAGGCAAUGUGUGGUGACCAUUGCUGUGAUUGCCUUCAUACGAAACCCAAGUCAGAUUGAGAUGUACAGUAGUUCUGUUUGCAUCCCACCCGCCCCCAACCCUCCCACCUCCUUUCUGGAGAUGACUUGAGCGAAGAAAAGCUGAGGUCUUCAUCCCAAAAAGGUCUUUUUAAGGUACAAGAAAAAAAAAUCCCUCUCAGAGCUCCUCGAUCCGCACUUUAUCUGUGAAAAUAACUAUGUAUGCGUAGGCAUUGUUUUGGUUAUUUGGGGUGGAUUCAACAGUUUGAUGCUAAAUUAUGGAGUUUCUUAUUUAUGGGCUGGGAUUGUUGCUCAUAUUCUUAAAAAAAAAAGAAAAAAAAGAAGCUGUUAUCUGUAUUUUAUUUUGUUUUAAAUUAUUUCCUUUAUGGUUUUAUUUAUUUCAGAUGAAGCCUUCAUUCACAAAGCACUGUGGUUUGUUUACCUUAAAGUGCAAUCUUCCUCCUUUUUUUUUUUUUUUCUUUUCAAUAUCACAUUAAGGUAUUGCUAUGGGAAACGGAACCCAGUGGCGGUUUUUGAUGUUUCAUAUAGGCAAUUGCCCAGGGCGACAUUACAAAGGGGUGCACUCGAGAAACUAAAAAAUAAUACAUUUCUGACCUGAACAAGAUUUCUAUUGCUUUCAUGCGUGCGCAGUCGUGGGAGAGUGUCCCCUUCUUCCUGCUGUCUAUAGGGUGACUAGUUUACGUGCUUUAUGAAGAACUGCAAUGCAUUUGAUCCAACCUCGGCUGGAUUUGUGUAUUUUUGAUCGGUUGGCAGAAAGAAGAGCUUGCACACAACGUCAUUCAUUCGAGAACCGCCACUGAUGGUACCACAAGUCCAUCCGAAAGUAUUUAAUAUCUAUUCUCUUAACACUUUGUUUUAAGUUAUUCUGUCUUUUAUUUCAUGAGUUAUUUAAUUUAAAGACAUUUUGGCAAUAACGUGGGCCGUCGUGAAGUUUACUGGAUGUGCCUGUUUAUCAGGGGGAGCCAUGCUGACCAGUGGUGUGCGCACAGUGCUUCCGUUUAAGCUUUUGGGACUGAAAACUGUGGAAUCUCCCUAAUCACUGAAACAAAUAAAGAAAAUUAUGGUUCUAUUUGUAUUGCUGCCUAUAAUAUAACCGUAGAAAAAUUACACUAAUAUUUUCUAAUAUAUGUAGGAUGAAAGAAUUCUAAUCACUGACAAAUUGAAUAUUUUAUUAAGAAAGCAAAAUUAAGAAUUUUCAAUCUGAGACUACCUUUGUAAUAUAUGAAUUAUAGAGAAAAUGUAUGCUUAUGAAGGUUAGUGCAUUCUGAAGUAUUUUUAAUAGGCAGCCGAAUGGUUGGAUAUCUUAGAGAAAAGCCACUAAAACGUAAAUUGCAAAAAAAAAAAAAAAAUCUAUUUGAUUGUACUCUGAGUAUUUCUGGAAGUCUAUGACUUGGGUUAAAAUGUUAGAAAUUACACAAAUGCGAAGGUUUUUUUCUUUUUUUUUUUUUUUGUAUUUUAGUGGAUUAAAAACUGCAUAUAUUAUACAGUUUUUAAUCCUGAACCCUGAAAUUUGAAGAGUUGCCUCAUUGAGUAUCAAACAAGACUUUUUUUUUUUUUUUUUUUUUUGAGCUGAGGGACACUAGAGAGCUGAUGUACAUAUCCUCACCCUUUCCACGGCUGUUUCAACAGCCUUUUCUGGACCCUUUAGAAAUUAUGCAUGCAGGUCCUAUUUGUUAAAACUUCUUCUGAAUAAUUGUAUUUUUUUUUAAGUGCAGAAUGCACAUUGGAAAUGUAUUAUUCGCUUUUUGCCUUUUUUUUUUCUUUUAAUAAUUUCAUCCUGUAUAUGUUCGUAUGCCAUAAAGAUUGGCACCAUUCUUUGCCAGCAAACAUAAUUUCUUUUGUAAAAAAAAAAAAAAAAAAAAUUAAAAUUAAAUCUCAUGAAGAAAUGACAUCAGUGAGUGUUUAUCAGUGUAAUAUUACAGUACAGUUUAUUAUUUCAAAAGAAUGUGUCUUACUUUUUCUUUGCCUUUUUGUGUUGUGCAUAUUUCUGCUUGAAAAGGUCCUGCAGAGCAAACAAAGCUGCUUUAUUUUUUACAUAUUCACACAUUAAUCUGCUGUUCAAAAUCAUUUUCUUUCAUCUAAGCCAUUUUGACAGCUUGUCCCUCCAAAUGAUAAUAAAAAACAUUCUUUUGUAAA